AUGGCGAUACCUCUCACAUCGGAGGAGCGACAUCGUCAAUCACUCACAUAUGGCUUGAUCAUUGGCACGGGAAUUCUAUCGUUGAUUGUUUGUGGACUGAGACUCUAUGCAAGGGCCAAAGUGGUUAGGACAUUUGGAGCUGAUGAUAUCGCCGUCUGUAUUUUGUUGGUCAUUACCCAGAUCUUUAAUGGUCUAGGAGUUGCCAUUGUCUAUUAUGGAGAAGGACGACACUAUACAAAUGUCUCUGAAAAGGAUCAAGCAAUUUGGCUCAAGCUUUAUUAUGUGGCAAUGUGCCUCUACCUCUACGCGUCACUGUCCGUAAAGAUGAGCUUACUGAUCUUUCUCCGACGAAUCUUCGUUAAAGCUUGGAUGAACUGGCUCACGUUAGGCUUAAUGAUCUUCCAAGUUCUAUUCUCAAUCUCUGGCUCAUUCGUUCUGGCCUUUCAAUGCGAUCCAGCAAGAGCGGCCUACGAUACAAGCGUUACCGGAAAUUGUUAUUCGCAAUUCAAGUUAUACCAAAUCACACUAUACCAAGCCGUGCUCAUCUUCGUUUCGGAUGUCAUCAUUCUCAUCUCGCCGAUGGUAGUCCUCUGUGGAUUAAACAUGCCUACCAGAAAAAUCGUCGCUUUAAUGUUUAUUUUCGGAUCAGGUAUAAUUGCAUGUAUCGCUCCUCUUGUGCGCUUUAGCACACUGGAUUAUCUACGCCACGGCACAGAAGAUCUUACCUACGACUCCGCUUCUUCUUUAUACUGGAUGGCCAUUGAAUUCAACAUUGGUCUCGUCGCCGGUUCGCUCUCCUCUCUCCGACCGUUACCAUUUUUCCGACGAUUCGGAUCGAGUAAUGGAUCACGAUAUAAGAUCUCAACGGGCGAUACACCACACGAACUUGCGAAUCGAACUAAGAGUGUGAGAAGCAAGAAGCUUAGUCAUGGUAUGGGGACAACGAUAUUGGAGGAAACGGUGAAUUCGAGUCAAGAACGGAUCGUCACUGUUGUCAAGGGGGGAUUUUGCAUCAUCACGCAGUGA